AUGUGGUUCACCGCCGGGACUCUCCACUUCAUUCUGAUGGCUCAAGCUAUCGCUGGAGGAUCGGAUCGUUAUGGUCAACUCAAGAAUAUCGACCAGGCAUUCCAUGACUUCAUGACACGAUACAAUAAGAAGUAUGAGACGGAUGAGCAGUACCAGAUUGCAAAGGCUGCUUUUGCAGGAAACAUGAGGGAGAUAGAGGAAUUGAGAGCGAACGACGAUAUAACCCAUGAAGUCGGUCUGAACGAGCACGCAGAUCUGCCACCUGAAGUAUUCGAUAGAGUGUUCCAGUGCGCAGGAGAUCCACAAUCCAGAGGGAACUUGCGAUCAGCCAAUGCGACUGACUCGCAAGAUCUCAUCAUGGAUCUUCCUCCGUCGAUUGAUUGGGAAGCCGCUGGCGCUUUGGCUCCAGUCAGGAAUCAAAAGGCUUGUGGUUCCUGCUACGCCAUGGGCGCUAUCGCCGUUAUGGAGAGCCGUUUCAAGAUACAAACCGGAAUUACUAAAGUGGUCCCGUUCUCAGUUCAACAGAUAGUUGACUCGGCUGCGAUAGAGGCUCACCCGAGUGGGUCAUAUCUGUAUGCGGAGCACGAUGGCAUUGUGCGAGAAAGAAGCUAUCCCUAUAAAGCUAAAGUCGGCAAUUGUAAGAAGUCCAUCACUACGGAUCCAAAGAAGCAGUGUCUCAGGCCUUAUGAUAUUCAUUCCUUCUCGGUCGUACCGGAAGCCGACGAGGCUCUAAUGAUGCAAGCUGUGGCUACCGGACCUGUGGCGGUUCGAUUGUACGGUCGUGCCCCGUCAUUCAGACAUUACACGGGAGGGAUUAUCACAACCAAGAGCUGUGGAGUCGCUCCCGUAAGUCAUACGGUAACUAUCGUGGGUUACAACACUUCCUCGAAAGGAGUUCGGUAUUGGAAGAUUCUCAACUCCUGGGGGAAAAAUUGGGGAGUGAGAGGUUUUGCUUACAUCGAACGAACCGGCAACGAACCAGGGCCUAAUGCACUCCUACAAAAUCUCUUCUCGAACAUGCCGGGAGCUGAUCUAGCUCUUCAAGCUAGCUGGCAAGAUAAUAAGAUCCUUGUGCAUCCCGAGCUGGCAUUUGUCCCGACACAAAAGGCCGUCGCUGGUGAAGCCGCUGUUGGAGCCGCCAAGGACAGUUUAUAUAUACAAAUGAAUGCUUGA